CAUCACAAAAACCAAACAGUGAAAUUAACACAAAAAAUGAAAUAAAAUGUAACAUUACACUAUUUUGGAACUAACAGUAGUGCUCCAGCAAAUAGACAACCGGCGGUAUACGGCGGCGGCCUGCUUACGUAAAUGAAAAAUAAUUCAAGACUUCUCCUAUAUGAAGGACCUUCUUUCAAGACCGUCACAAACGCUAUGUCGAACAAAGUUCGCGGCCGGAGCAACAUACGAGUUACUCUAGAUACCGCCGGCUUGUAUAAUUAUAGCCAAAGCCACAGUUUGCUGGGGUACACCGCACUCACAUUCAUCAUAGUGUUCCUUAUAUACCUGGCUACCAAGGACUGGAAAGGGUACACUAGCCCAGAGGAGGUGGAUUUGGGCACAGUCCAAGUGCCGACUAACGCUGGCCGCCGAAAACAAGGACACUUACGCAGACAGGACUAAAUAACAGAUAAAUACAACAUCUCAAAAUAAAUAA